CAGAGGAAAGAAGUGAAUGGUUGUGCACAACGUUUUUCGACACAAACAGAAAUUCUCCGUCCAAGUAAUUAGUUGAUAGUAGUUCGGUGGUAAUGGUCUAGAGCAUGUUGAAGGAUUGUUGGAAUUUAGGAGUUCCCGUUUGCAUCCAAAUACCGGCACAGGCUACCGGCACAGGAGAGUACUGACUCUGUGAAUGGAAUUUUCUUGCUCGAGUCAGAUAUCCAGCGCGUCUCUGGACCCCUUCGAUCGUCAGGGAGUUGCCGCCGGCGGCAGUGUUGCUUCUAUCCAUCGAGCCCAACACACGCAAGGAGUUCUCUGCACCAGUUGCUAGGCAUAGCUCUGCUGCUUGCCCCAUUGCGAUGGACCGGGACCGCCAUGGUGGGAGGGUCGCCAUGCCGACAACACUGGUGGCGUUUGUGAUUUCCUUGCUUCUGGCGAUGACCAUUCCAUCAACACAUUCAGAGGUGGUUGGCUUCAUUCCACUGCCACCAACUGCAGCACCCACGGUACCUCCACCAACUACGAGACCAACUACAAUGGCAACUACGACGCUUCUACCAACCACAAUGGCAACUACAGCAGCACCUACGGCACCUCCACCAACUGCAGCACCCACGGUACCUCCACCAACUACGAGACCAACUACAAUGGCAACUACGACGCUUCUACCAACUACAAUGGCAACUACAGCAGCACCUACGGCACCUCCACCAACUGCAGCACCCACGGUACCUCCACCAACUACGAGACCAACUACAAUGGCAACUACGACGCCUCAUGCAACUACAAUAGCAACUACGACGCCUCCUGCAACUACAAUAGCAACUACGACGCCUCCUGCAACUACAAUAGCAACUACGACGCCUCCUGCAACUACAAUAGCAACUACGACGCCUCCUGCAACUACAAUAGCAACUACGACGCCUCCUGCAACUACAAUAGCAACUACGACGCCUCCUGCAACUACAAUAGCAACUACGACGCCUCCUGCAACUACAAUAGCAACUACGACGCCUCCUGCAACUACAAUAGCAACUACGACGCCUCCUGCAACUACAAUAGCAACUACGACGCCUCCUGCAACUACAAUAGCAACUACGACGCCUCCUGCAACUACAAUAGCAACUACGACGCCUCCUGCAACUACAAUAGCAACUACGACGCCUCCUGCAACUACAAUAGCAACUACGAUGCCUCCACCAACUACAAUGGUGAACAUUUCGGAAGUAGUGAUAAGCCCUUUGCCCAGUAAUAUCUCCGCACCUGGCGCGAACUCCAGUAUUCUUAAUGGGAAUUCCAGCCUUGCCAACACUGGUACUGUUUCAACCAGCCAAAGUGAUGAAAGUAGUUACAACCCAAGUGGCAAUUUCGGUAAUAGGGAUGGAGUGAGAACUAGCUUCCCAGCAACGAAAGAGCCUUCAGUUGUACCACCCGUAUCUGUGUUCACUGAGACAACCACAUCACCAUACAGGAGGCCUGCAGCAGACAAUGCCGCCGACCUGGUCAUCGGCGCGCUGUUCGCAGCCGCAUUCUGUAUAGUCUUCUUGGCUGGAUUUUCUUACCAAAUUUGCUAUGGCAGAUGUGGACGAAAACUCGCUGAGAAGCUUAACGACAUCGGAGAUCAAAAGAUGAAUGGAAACUUCUUGUCCACGGAAAAAGGAGAAGAGAAUGGAAUGGGCGAGAUAUACUCCAAAGUUCAGAUGUGCGUGACUAAGUUUAUUGAUCACCACGCAGCCUUGAAUGAGGAUCAUGAUAAUACUGGGUACUCCUCUAAAAAACAAUGGCCCAUCUCCUCUGUCAAUGCUGACUCAGCUGCUAACACACAGCCUAGGUUGGAAAAACUUGACAUCUACUUACACUGUGAGAAUGGAAAAGAGUCUCAACAACAGGAAGCCGAUACCACUUCAAACGUUAGCGCCGAGUCUAGGUUGGAAAAAAUUGACAUCUACUUACACUCUGUUAACGGAAAGGAGUCUCAACAAGGGAGAGCCGACAUCACUUCAAAUGUUACUGACAUGUCUCAGCUUGACGAGAUCGACAUCAACAGUGUGCCGCAGAGUGCCAGAUCCCAGGUCAAUGGACUGCUGGGAGGCUCCACUGAACCGCACUGCCACAUCGAUGUUGCCAAUGAAGAGAGUCCAGCAACACAGCAGACCAGAAAAGGCAACAAACUCAGUAUAGCCAGCAUGUGGUCGCCUGUUAUUGACAUCCACAAAAACUACAUAGCGCCUUACCAGCUCAAGUUCAAGGACGCUUUGAAGACACACGGGAUCGGUUCAUAUGGCAGAAAUGAUAGUAAGGAGGUACGGGCGCAUCAAAAAGUAAGGUCACAAGCCACCCACGAGUUUGACAUGACCUCUCUGGGGCCAGACACCAAAAAUACAGCUGCAACAGGUGAUGUGUAUGAAGAUGCCAACUCGCUAAGGAUGACUGUAACUGAGGAUAUCAUUUAUGAUGGUGCCGUUGCCGAUACUGAAGCACUCAGCAAGGCCGACUCAAAAGAUCGUAACAAAUCAAGCUCAACGCCUCCAUCAACAUCGGGUUGCGUAAUAGUGUCUGCCUUGCCAAUUACUGAAAAUUCAGGGAAAUUGGCUCCAGGAUCAUCAAGCAAGAAUGAUUCGAGCGCAGAGGCAAGUUCCAGUCUGGAAGCUGCCACUACAAAAGCUGAGAAAAGCGCCGUGUUGAUAGAAGAUGAUGUGUAUAAUAAUAACAAUAAUAACGUGUAUGCCGAAACAUUUCCUGUUCUUGGAGGGACUAACACCUCCCAGUCCAAAUUUGCUUCGGCAAAGGUUCAGAAGAAGGAAAUUGUGACGGAUCGGAGAAGCAAACUGGGAGCAAAGCAGGAGGAGGUUCCAAAUCUACUCAGCGUGGCUCUGCAACAGAAGGAAGGCAGCGAAGCACCCACCUUUACACCAGCCACUGCUCAGACAGCACAGGGGGCUCCAGGUGACCUGAUAUAUGAUGAUGCGCUUUUCGUAGCCGACACUGAAGCACUCAGCAAGACCGACUCAAAAGAUCGUAACAAAUCCAGCUCAAUGCCUCCAUCAGCGUUGGGUUGCGUAAAAGUGUCUGCGUUGCCCCCAAUGCCAAACGAAGCAAGGACAUCGGCUACUGAUGAUGUGUAUGACGAUACAGGUUAUGUUGCUGGAGGUAGAAACCCAUCCCAGUCCAACUCUGCUUCGGCAAAGGUUCAGAAGAAGGAAGUGUUGACGGAUGAGAGUAGCAAACUGGGAGCAAAGCAGGAGGAGGAUGAUAUAUAUGAAGACACAAUUAAAGAAAAUUCAGGGGAAAUGGCUCCGGGAUCAUCAAGCAAGAAUGAUUCUAGCGCAGAGGCAAGUUCCAGUCUGGAAGCUGCCGCUCCAAAAGCUGAGAAAAGUGCCGUGUUGAUAGAAGAUGAUGUGUAUGACGAUGCAUUUUCUGUUCUUGGAGGGACAAACACAUCCCAGUCCAAAUCUGUUUCUGCAAAGGAUGGGAGUAGCAAACUGGGAGCAAAGCAGGAGGAGACUCCAAAUCAACGCAGUGUGGCUCUGCAACAGAAGGAAGGCAACAAAGCGCCCACCUUUACACCAACUACUGCUCAGACAGCACAGGGGGCACCAGGUGACCUGAUAUAUGAUGACGCGCUUUUCGUCAGCAAGAAUGAGACAGGCUCUGGUGGUGGUGAUUGUUCGCGAAUGGAUAGCUCAACAAAACCAGACUCAAGUGGAGAAGCAGCGAGGAAAGCACUACCAGCCAGCCCAGCAACCCAAUCCAGCCCAGCAACCCCAGCGCGUAACAACCAUCACAAGGAAACAUCUAGGCCAACCCAACCGUGCUUUCAAUCAGCCAAGCUGAAGACUAUUUCAAUACCUCUGAAAUCUCAGUUUCCAAACUCAUCCCAGGAGCAGGACGAUAUUUACGAAGACACAAUUAAAGAAAAUUCAGGGAAAAUGGCUCCGGGAUCAUCAAGCAAGAAUGUUUCUAGCGCAGAGGCAAGUUCCAGUCUGGAAGCUGCCGCUCCAAAAGCUGAGAAAAGCGCCGUGUUGAUAGAAGAUGAUGUGUAUGACGAUGCACUUUCUGUUCUUGGAGGGACAAACACAUCCCAGUCCAAAUCUGUUUCUGCAAAAGAUGGGAGUAGCAAACUGGGAGCAAAGCAGGAGGAGACUCCAAAUCAACGCAGUGUGGCUCUGCAACAGAAGGAAGGCAGCAAAGCGCCCACCUUUACACCAGCUACUGCUCAGACAGCACAGGGGGCACCAGGUGACCUGAUAUAUGAUGACGCGCUUUUCGUUAGCAAGAAUGAGACAGGCUCUGGUGGUGGUGAUUGUUCGCGAAUGGAUGGCUCAACAAAACCAGACUCAAGUGGAGAAGCAGUGGGGAAAGCCCUACCAGCCAGCCCAGCAACCCAAUCCAGCCCAGCAACCCCAGCGCGUAACAACCAUCACAAGGAAACAUCUAGGCCAACCCAGCCGUGCUUUCAAUCAGCCAAGCUGAAGACUAUUUCAAUACCUCUGAAAUCUCAAUUUCCAAACUCAUCCCAGGAGCAGGACGAUAUUUACGAAGACACAAUUAAAGAAAAUUCAGGGAAAAUGGCUCCGGGAUCAUCAAGCAAGAAUGUUUCUAGCGCAGAGGCAAGUUCCAGUCUGGAAGCUACCGCUCCAAAAGCUGAGAAAAGCGCCGUGUUGAUAGAAGAUGAUGUGUAUGACGAUGCACUUUCUGUUCUUGGAGGGACAAACACAUCCCAGUCCAAAUCUGUUUCUGCAAAGGAUGGGAGUAGCAAACUGGGAGCAAAGCAGGAUGAGACUCCAACUCAACGCAGCGUGGCUCUGCAACAGAAGGAAGGCAGCAAAGCACCCACCUUUACACCAGCUACUGCUCAGACAGCACAGGGGGCACCAGGUGACCUGAUAUAUGAUGACGCGCUUUUCGUAGCCGAUACUGAAGCACUCAGCAAGACCGACUCAAAAGAUCGUAACAAAUCUAGUCCAAUGCCUCCAUCAGCAUUGGGUUGCGUAAAAGUGUCUGCGUUGCCCCCAAUGCCAAACGAAGUAAGGACAUCGGCUACUGAUGAUGUGUACGACGAUACAGGUCUGGUUGCUGGAGGUAUAAACCCAUCCCAGUCCAACUCUGCUUCGGCAAAGGUUCAGAAGAAGGAAGUGUUGACGGAUGGGAGUAGCAAACUGGGAGCAAAGCAGGAGGAGACUCCAACUCAACACAGUGUGGCUCUGAAACAGAAGGAAGGCAACAAAGCGCCCCCCAUUACACCAGCCACUGCUCAGACACCAGAGGGGGCAAUGGGUGACCUGAUUGACAAUGGAGACACGGUGAUAGAUGAUGAUGUGUAUGAGGAUACGAGUUUGUUUGCUCAAGGCCCAAACACAUCCCAGUCAAACUCCGCUUCUGCAAAUGCCGAGAAGAAGGAAGUGUUGACUGACGGGAGUAGCAAACUGGAAGCAAGGCAGGAGAAGACUUCAAGGUUUCGCAACAUGGGUCUAAAAGCACUUCGGAAAAAGCUGCCUGGCUCAGACAAGAAGAUCAUCAACAUUGAGGCCGAAGCAACUCAUGGACCCACUACAGAUGAAAAUACUGACCUUGACAUUUAUCAGGAUGUUCUAGCCCCCAAUAGUCACUCACUUGAAGAGGACACGGAAGAUGUAGUUGCCAAGAACACUUCCAGUCUGCCAAAUCCGAUCCCGGCAAAACUAGCAAGGCAACUGGUGCCAGAAACAAGUCAAGAAUCGUUAGACAGGCUCACUGCUGCUGUUGACGAAGCUGACGAAUGCCCUGAUGCUGUAUCCAUGUCACCGCAGGCUUCUGUACAACAGCCAGCAGGCAACCUGAAAACAAGGCCAGCAAUCUCGCCCCUGAUAGCCGGUCAAGAAACAUUCGGGAGCAAUUCCCGCACAAGCAACGCCGGCAAGAUUUCCGCUGGAGAAGACCAACACUCCAGAAGACCACCAGCCAAGCCGGUCCGGCCAGUACUCGCCGAGAAGCUACUCGGCAGUGCAACUGAGAAGGAUGUGGACGACGACGGUGACAUCUAUACAAAUGAGCCGGCAGGAGUGCAGGGGUCCUCGUCAUUGACAGAGAACAUCUUGUACUCCAGGCGCAGCAAUCCACUCCAAGCUAAAGGUUCUCCUAGUGUAAGUCCUUUGGCCACGAGACGCGCUGAAACGCCAAAGCAGCAGCCGGAGCACACUGGCCAAGGUGUGCUACUUCACGGCGUAGUUGAUCAGCUCAUGAAGAGCAAGUCGGCACUACAAUCGCACACGCCGCAACUGUCUCGCCUCGCCGUCCACAGUGCUGUCAGCAAGCUGCGCACGCUCAUCUCAAAGCGCGAUGCAGAGAACUUGCCGUCCAGCCCAACGGCGCAAGAAGCGCCCGGCUCGCCUGUUUAUGGCAACCCUAGUGCAUGCACUCCGGUUAGCAGACGACGCUCGCCACCAGCAUCAAUAUCAACCACCGCCGAUAGCGACUUGUACGGAACUUUAGACGCAUUGACCAGCUCAUCCAUCUACGGCAAUGCCGAUACAUGCACACCAUGCACGCCCGUGAGCAGGAGGCAGUCGCCGCCGGGAAUUCCAGCCGGCAUCAACCACGAUAUGUAUGGCAAUAUAGAGACACUACCUACGGCAAUCUACGGCAAUGCGGACGCCUGCACUCCGGGAACGCCGGCGAGUAGGAAGCAUUCGCCACCGUCGACCCUAGCCAGCGCCAACAGGGAUAAGGUUGGACAGGUUGAACAGGUUGGCACCCUGUCCGCCUCGGUUAUUUAUGGCAAUACUGACACCUGUACACCAUGCACGCCAGUAAGCAGAAGGCCCACACCACCGUCGAUCCCUCCAUCACCUAAUCCAAAGAAUGAUGUGUACGGCAAUGCAUAGGCCCUGCCAUUGAAAUGUACAACAGCAACCAGAGCUGUCACGGUCCGUACCUCUGCCAGCAAGCCAGAACAUGCAUUUUGCAAUCUCUCUCACCAAUCCAGAGUCGGAAUAUUACAAGCUUUCUCACAGUUCCUGCACUGGAGUAUUUGUCACAGUUCCAGAGAUUGAACAUGGCAGCUUUCCCCGCAGACCCAGAUGGUGGCUUUAUCGCUGUGCUGACAUCAGCUCUCAGCGAAUUUUCUAAAUAACCCCCUCGUUGAGCGCCAGUUAUAAUCUAGCCGCCUGCAAAGAAAGCAACGAUGUAUUCUCGUCAAACACACUCUAACCAGUACACGAUGAUGGCGUUAGAGAACACUGAGCUGUCUAGUGCCAAGUGUGUUCAGUGGCUGGUCCCGUCUACACGGCACACGCAACGUGCAAGCGGUGUGGCAAUCGCGGUCUUUGGUAGCCUCUACAUUGCGUUUGUAGUGCAACCAAAACGCCGUUUCUACUGGUAUUCACGCGGCGCCCAAAGAAAAUAACUAUGAUCGUGGUACCUCAGCAUGGACACAUGGAAACGAUGCCAAAUGCACGUUUAGCAUAUUUCUCGUUAUGUAUAUUCCACGGGAGACAUUCCUGCUCAGUGAACAAUUCCCCUGUGCUUCUUUCGCGGUCUCUCUAGACCUUUGUUCUUUCUCCGUCUACUCACCUCUAGAAGCCUGACACUAUUUCUUCCCUCAAACUCGAACAGAUUUUCUUUUCCAUUACAGUGGUCUUCUUGGGAAGCUUUUGAUGCAUAAUCGGUGACUGUGCGCCGACUCAUAUCCUAAGUUUCCAUUUUCUUCCGCAUGCAUGACCUCACAAGACCUUUAUCGCUUUUUCGGUAACAAUGAAUUGGCGGUGAUAGUAGUUUAGUAGGCCUCUAGUCUCUGUUAGCUUUAUCACACGUACACCAUUAUUCUCGCAAUCAAAACUGCACCGUUCCAGCAUCCUCGUUAGAUGGUAAAUUUUACCAUUUCAUCUCUUUGUGUCAAUCAUGUAUGCUCAGAAAGGCUAUUCCUAUAAUUUAUUACUAUACAUUUCAACGUUUCGGUCUACAGAAUCAUCGUCAGGAAUGAACAGUUCAUGUUUCUUAUUAUCCUUUCAUUCAUUCACAUACACAGCAUCUACUCUCACUCUGCAUUUCUGAGGCAAGGUUCUUGAUAGCCCCUCACUAGGCAUUGACAAGCACUCCUCCAGGCUGUGCUUUAGCAUAUUUCACCUUUCCCACUGCGUAGUGCUAGGACUUGGCACGACUCUCCCGCUACAGACGUCAGA